AUGGACUGCGCCAAUUUGAACAACCCGAGCAUUUUAGACAAGACCAUCAUUCCUGGAGACACUCAAACUCUGAAGCUGGCGAAUAACAGAAUGACCGAUGAAAAGCAGCUGAAGGAGACGCUGGUCACGUUGACUUCACUCCGCGAGUUGCAGCUGCAUGGCAAUGAGCUCGCGAAAUUGAACGAAGCCACGUUCGCCAAAAAUUGUAACCUCGAAGUCAUCUCCUUAGGUCAUGGAAAUAAUGGAGUAAAACUUCCGGAAACCGUCUUCGUCGGAGCAACAAAUGUAAAAAUACUUGAUCUGGGCGCUGCUUUUACGAACAUCAAUCCGGAAUUGCUGGCUCCACUUACCAACCUUGAAUAUCUCUUCUUGCAGUUUAAUAAUGUGGGCCGACUCAGCAGCAGUCACUUCAACAACAACCAGAAGUUGGAAUACGUGGAUGCUUCGAGUGCUCAAAUCACAAGCAUUUCUGACAACGCGUUUACACGCAGCACAGCGUUGAAGCAGAUUCUAUUGCGACGAAACUCGAUCAAGUCUCUGGAGCCGGAAACGUUUCAGUCCUUAGAAGAACUCUCCUGGCUGGAUCUCGGGAGGAAUGAAUUGCAGAUUAUCCUGCCCGGGACGUUCUCAGCGAAUGCAGAGUUGAAAAUUCUCGAUUUGGACCAAAACUUUAUCGAUACAAUUUGCCCAAGUGCCUUUUCUGAUGGAAGAGAAAGCUUGGAAGCUGUCAAUUUAUCUUUCAACCGACUUCCAGAAGCAUUGAAUAAGAACUUUUGCCUUGACGGAUGCGAAGGAAGUAUUGAAGACUUUUGGAACAUUUUGGAGUCGACAUUUGGAAACUCAACAGACUGUUCUAUUUCUGAAUAA